AUGUGCCAUGAUGGCGUGUAUUGCUAUCACGGGAAUUGCACGACUCAUGAUAUGCAGUGCAAAAUAAUAUUCAGUAGUGGAGCAACAGUCGCUUCUGAAGUAUGUUUCAGACAAGUGAAUAAUAAGGGUGAUCGUUUUGGCAACUGUGGUCUUAAACAUGGAAUUUACAAGAAAUGUAAUCCUGGGGAUAUCCUGUGUGGCCGUAUCCAGUGUAAAAAAUACACAAAUGCCUUCUUUGGAGGAUCACAGUACAAUAAUUCAUACUUCCACCAGAAUGAAUCAAUGCUGGGGGUUUCUGUGCUGCCCCACUUACACACACACAUAAGUUGUGGUUUAGUGAGUUUAUUAAUAUACCCCAGCAAUGUUCUGGUAAAGGAAAUAUACAGUUCAUUGCUAUUAGGUAAACUAGAAAGCACGGAUGACACACUUUUAUUAUUUAAUGAAUGGAGAACAAAUCAUUUACUUAAUGUUUUAAAGAAUGAUGUUGGUCACCUAUUUGCAUACAAGGAUUUUGGGGCAACUGUAGGACUUGCAUAUGUUGGAACUAUAUGUAACAAUUACCUGGCAAGUGCUAUUGAAUCCUAUAGAACUCCCAGUUUGUUUUAUAUGUCUGUCAUAUUUACCCACGAACAGGGACACGUUCUUGGAAUGCAACAUGAUGAACGGUUUUGUUAUUGUGAAAAGAGUGAAUGCAUUAUGGCACCAUAUGCAGCAGAGACUGAUAAAUUUAGUAACUGCAGUUAUAGGGAUUAUUUCACCCAUAAAAACACUGACUGUUUAUUUGUCCCUCCAGACACUAACACAACUUUUAAAUUUGAAUCCUGUGGUAACAAAAUAGUGGAAAAUGGAGAGCAAUGUGACUGUGGGUCGGAAAUGCAAUGCAAGUCAGAUCCCUGCUGUCAAGCUAAUUGUAUGUUGCGCCCUACUGCUGUUUGUUCCUUGGGUCUGUGCUGUGCUAACUGCCAAUAUUAUCAAAAAGGAACUAUUUGCAGAGAGAAGAUUAGUAGUUGUGAUCUUCCUGAAUAUUGCAAUGGGACUUCAGAGCACUGUCCAGAAGAUGUGCACGUGCAAGAUGGUGCCGUGUGCAAUGAAGACGUGUAUUGUUAUCAUGGGAACUGCACGACUCACGAUAUGCACUGCAAAAUAAUAUUUGGUAGUGAAGCAACAGUCGCUUCUGAAGUAUGUUUCAGAGAAGUGAAUAAUAAAGGUGAUCGCUUUGGCAACUGUGGGCUUAAACAUGGAAUUUACAAGAAAUGUAAUCCUGGGGAUAUCCUAUGUGGCCGUAUUCAGUGUAAAACUGUACAAAUGCCUUCUUUGGAAGAUCACAGUACAAUAAUUCAAACUUCCACUGAAUUUAAUGACUGCUGGGGCAUUGACUACCAUCCUGGGAUGAAGGUGAAUGAUAUUGGAGCAGUGAGAGAUGGUGUUCCUUGUGGCAAUAACAUGAUGUGUAUUGAGGGUAGUUGUGUCAAUGUGUCCAUUCUGAAAUAUGACUGUAAUGUCACAAUGUGCCACAAUCGGGGAGUUUGUAACACUCUUAAACACUGUCACUGUGAUGUUGGAUGGGCCCCUCCAGACUGUAGCAAUACAGGUUAUGGAGGUAGCAUAGACAGUGGGCCACCUCCAGUUAUGGGACAGGCUAAAGCUAAUAUGAAAACCUCCUCUGUUGCUGGAAUAUUCUGUGCCUUUUUUUUCAUCAUUGUUUCUAUUGGCCUGGUUAUUUGGUUCAAGGAUGGACUGAGAAACCAAUUUGGAAAAUUUCAGGGAAGAGUCCAUGCUACGAAAUCAAAAGAUGAAGGAACAGCAGUGUAA